AACCAGAUUUACGGGUUCCGGACUUCAGUGCGAGAGACGGCUACCGCCGAUUCACCUGCACUCCGAGAGGAGGGACAGACAUCCAGCAGCCGGCCAGCAUCCGAGCUGGACGCUGUGGCGGAGCUAAAGCAGACUGAGACGGGACAGGAGAAGGUUGUAAUACCUUUCUCUGGAGAACAAACUGAGAUGAAGCUCCAAUAACACCUCACGAGCUUUUCCACUGUUACGACCUGUCUCUUAAAUCACCUCGGAGACAGGACACCCCGACUCCAGCGGAGGCACCGCGUUAACCAACCCUCUGCUCUCAACUCUCCAACUCACAUCUGGAGGAAUUUCGAUAGUUCCACGCAACAACCGUCCACAAUGUACCGCUCAACCAAAGGAGCAUCCAAGGCUCGACGGGACCAGAUCAACGCCGAGAUCCGGAACCUGAAGGACUUGUUGCCCAUAUCCGAUGCAGAUAAAGCGCGGCUCUCAUACCUGCACAUCAUGUCGCUUGCCUGCAUGGACAUCAGGAAAUCCGUCUUCUUCACUCAAGAUGCGGGAACUAGUCUUGAUGAGAGCGCAAGCGUUCUGUCUUUCCAAGAACUGUCGGAGAUGAUGCAGACGCUGCCGGGGUUUCUGAUGCUGCUGACUGGGGAAGGGAAGCUGCUGUACCUGUCAGACAGCGUCUCCGACCACCUCGGACACUCCAUGGUGGAUCUUGUGGCACAGGGAGACAGCGUGUAUGAUAUCAUCGACGCCUCAGACCACUUUAUUAUGAGGAACAACCUGUCAACCUCCACGUCACUUGAGAUGGACCGUCUCUUCCGCUGUCAUUUCAACACCUCCAAAUCCGUGCGGAGGCAGAGUGCUGGGAACAAGCUGGUUCUGAUCCGAGCUCGCUGCCUCUCUCCCCUCGCCGCCUCCCCUGGGUCCUACUGGACAUCCAACCCAGUCUGGGUGUGUUUCUGCUCCCCUCUGGAGCCCCACCCGUCUCGCUCCGGCCCCGGGGAAGAGAGGGAGUUAACCUCCACCCCUCCCCUAGCUGAGACCAACUUGUUUCUGGCAUCCUUCCACUCCCAGCAUGGCCGGGACAUGAGGCUGCAGACUGCACAGGACAGUGUGAGCGCCUAUCUCGGCUUUGAUGUGACAGCUUUACGCUCUUGCUCCUGGUACAGCCUCCUCCACCCACAGGAUCUGUCACAUGCCUCCGCUCAGCACCGCAGCCUAUUGAAAGAAGGAGGAGAGGGCAGAGCUGAAAUGGUGGUGCGUGUGCAAACUCAAGACCAGUCAUGGAUUUGGCUCUACAUGGUGCUUCAGCUGCAACCUGGAGAAAUCCCCAUCAGCAGCAACAACUACAUUAUCAGUGAGUCUGAGGCCUGGUCAGUACGUCGGCAACUCAGCUCUGAGCAGACCCAGCUGACCCUGGUUCUGAGUGGUGGUGCCUCUCAGCAGGAGGGUCUGAGCCUCCAGUCUCCAGACACCCUGUCCAGUCCAGAUCAGGUCUUCACCCCAGGCAGCAGCGGCCUGUCAGCCCAGUCCUUUGACUUCAGCACUGUUGGCUCCUCUGAUGAACCUGGGAGCUCUGCUGCUGAGGCCAUGCAGCUGGAGGGUGACCCUCGUUCCAGUAUCUCCUCUCUGGAGGAAGACAGCUUCUUUCAGCAGCAUCCUGCUGAACGCCCCUCAGCUGCCUCCUCCCCCACUCCAGUCACUGUUGAAACAGUGGCAGACUUAGACUUUUUAACCCAGAACAUUCUCCUACCGCCAUCCUUCCAGCUCAACCGUCCACUGCCAUCUCUCCCCCUGCCUCUCCUGCCUCUCCCCCCUAUCCCCACCUCGCAAGAUCAGCAGACCAAAGAGUUUGUGUGCACGCCACCCUACACUCCCCAUGUUGUUGGGGCUAGCUUCCCAUUCGGCGAGCCCCUCUUUAGCUUCGACCCCUCUGGCACUACCACUCCACCUCCCUCUGCUACAACAGCCACCUCCACCACCUCAAUGGCCCCUUCAGCUUCCUCCUCAGCCCCACCAACUACCGGCUCCAGCCCCUCUCCCCCGAACACCAAGCUCGCCCUCAAGCUAGCUACUCCAUCCACUGACUUCCUCUUUUCUGGCGAGCACGGCAGUGGUGCCCUUUAUGAGAAACUGCCCCCCACACCCGACAGCCCCGGAGACGGCGACUGCACAGUGAUGACCCUGCCCGAGGUUCGGGGUCCGCUGUAUGUAGAUGUACCACUGGGGCCCCUCCAGUGUCCGCCUGAAGGCCUCCUCACACCUGAGGCAUCACCCGGUAAACAGCCCUGCCUCUCCUUCUUCUCCCUGGAGAGAGAGAGGGAGAAGGAAAGAGCAGAAAUCUCCCUCUUAGCUCAGCACAUCAGCUCACUUGCAGAGGGAUUUUACCUGGAUCCACUAUUGUCCAAACUCUCUCCUCCCUCUAUGUCACCCUCCUCCUCCCCCUUCCUGUCUCCCACCAUAGAAACUGCUGAUGUUGAUUCAGUCCACAUGCUUAGGGAGUUUUAUCCCAUUAAAACAUGGAGAGGUCUGGACAUUCCCAUGUUCCUCGAUGAUGAUGACUCUCUGUUUGAAGAGAACAUCCUAGAAAACCUUCUCCAAGACAACUUCCUUCCUCCUCAGUCCCCCAGCCUCCCCCCUCCCUCCCCUUCCACCUCCCCUAUGCCCAAUCCCUGCAGCCCAAUUUCUUCUCAAACCCCAGUGUGCUGGCACCAACCCUCCCAGUCUGAGGGAGUGGGCCACUUCUGUAGCGUCCAAUCGGCGCAAUGUAACUGCAUGGCUGGGUGCGGGGCGACUGCGGCUGCUGAGGCCGGGGCAUUGGGGGAAGGGGAGGGGCCAGCAGAGGAAGCAAUGGAGAUCGAGGUGGUGUCAUCAUCUCCUGUGUCCUCUUGCUCCUCCAUCCCAGCUUCCCCUCCCCUCAUCCUCACUGCCUCCCCCAGCCCCGCCACCUCCACGCCCAUCGGCUCGCCCAUGCCUGCUGUAUCUUGCAAUCAGUCCCUCCUGGAGGAACUGGCUGUCCUCGAACCCAUGUUUGGGGCAGGUGCCUCGAUCGCCCCUGGCUUAGGGCAACAACCUGAGUUGUAUCAACUCCAAUGUCAUCCAUCAUCACAGUGCUUCCAUAAAGAUGGGAGUGGAAGUGUUCCUCCGUUCUAAAAUAAGUCUGUGACUUACUUCAUUAAGUAUGGCAUAUUGUCAUAUUUUGUGGAGCCCCUUUUACUGAAAAGUAAAAAAUUAUUAAGUGUAUAAAUAUACAUAAUGUAUAUACAACUUAAGGACUUUAACUCCUACAUGUCUCCUGAGAACAAAGAUUGGUUUUAUAUUUUUGUUCAGUCAUUAAUCUGUAUACUAUUACAAAACUGGUGCAACAUUUACAUGAUGAUUCAAGCGCAUGGACUCAUAACUGACUGGGUUUUGAGUCCAUGUGGUGUCUCUCAGCUUCUCUGUAACACAAGCUUCAGAUAUGAUCAAACAGAGAAACUUCUCUGAACUUGUAAGCGCUGUUUAACUUCCAGAUGCGCAUUUGUAUUCACUCGUAGUGAAAAAUUAGUUGUGAACAAAAAACAAAUGUCUUGCUCUUCAAUAGAGAGGUGAAUUAUAGCACUUAUGCCUGACAAGCAGCAACGCAAACCCAAACCUUAAAUGUAUUGGAAGUCAAAUGUUUACAAAUUGUUUACAUUCUUAGGAUGUCCACUAUCAGUACAUCAAAAUAGGUUCUCAUAAGAGCUCUUCUAUCCAAUCUUCAGAGCCAAUACAGCUCUGAUUUGAUAGCACUCUCUUCACAGCCUAAGAGGCGACAUCAAAACUCAUAAAUAGUAAUCAACUUUAAACCAGAUAUUUUGAGCUUUGAGUUUGCGGCUUUGAACCUUUAACAUUUCAUAUUUAUCUCUCCAUCUUAAAUUUUGUGUAUCAAUGUGAUGUGCAAACAAAAAGGAAAACAUGUGAAGAGAUCCUGCAUGUGAAGAACUCAAAGAUGUUGAAGGUGUCCAUUGCUUCAAGAGAUGCAACACCAAACAAAAAAUUGUCUGGAAGUCUGGAAGCUCUGAUCAUGCCACAAAUCCACUGCUACGCUGUACUGUACAUUAGACUCUGAAUGUGGGCUCUUCAGGUCCCUGCUGGCCUGAGGGCAGUCGGAUAUUGUUGCAGCAUCAAUAUUUGCAAUGCUGGCAGCUUAUAGCGGCUCCUGUGUGCCUGAAACGGCCCUGACCUGCUGAACUUUGAACUCUUUAUCAUGUCCAUUCAACAUGGACAUUUACAUCGUUGCUCCACUGGAGUGCGGUGUAGCGAGGCACAAUUGACUAUGUGAAUGAGCGAUUCUUCUUUUUUGAGAGGGGUUAGAAUACAAAAGUUUUGUUUUAAAAAAUGAAAAUAGGGAUGGGGUGCUAUUUCUAUUCAGUUACUAAGCGACACGGGUUGAGAAUGGUACUAUUCCCAUGGUGUCGACAUGCUCACGUAGAGUUGUCUACGGUCAAGUAAAGGAUUGAUUCCUACGUUCUAGCUAUUAAAGGCUAAGUUAAUAUACAUAAUUAAAUAAGUAAAAUUACUAUAUUGAUGUGUGAUAUUUGAAAACAAUGUUAUUGCAUAUGCAUUAUGUCUGUGGAUAUAGGCAUAUGUUCUUUUCCGAAAGGUUGUACACAUUUGUACAUUUGUAUGAAACAGUUAUUGGUCUGUAAAUACAAGAAAGAGAUUUUUAUUGCAUAAGAUGGAAUAUAUUCUAAACAUCUUACUUACUGCAGAAUGGACAUUGUGGAUCAGUGUUCUAUUGUGUUGCUUAUAAGUGUAUUUGAUUGUCAUACAAAUGCAUUUAUAAUAAAAGUGCACUUAAUGCGGCUGAUG